AUGUCUGGAACCUCGACGUAUAACCCCGCUGCCAAACACUUUCUUAAUGACCCAAACCACUUGGUCCUCACUGCCCUGAGGUCAAUUACCCUUGCCAAUCCUUCGGUCGCCCUCGAUGCAGAGAACAAGAUCAUCUUCCGCCGUGGAGACGCAGGUCUUUACAAGGCUUCCCAAGUAUCUGUUGUUUCUGGUGGUGGUGCAGGACAUGAACCCUCUNUUGCAGCCUUCGUCGGACCUGGCAUCUUGUCUGGAGCUAUCUCCGGAACUAUCUUUGCUUCGCCGUCUGCCGAGCAGAUCAGAAGAUGUCUUCUGAGUCGUGUUGAUACAGCGAAAGGUGUUUUGGUCAUUGUCAUGAACUACACUGGUGAUGUGCUUAACUUUGGCAUGGGAGUCGAGNNAAAGCGAGAGCAACAGGAGUCGACAUCGAAAUGCUUGUGGUUGGCGACGACGCUGGUGUCCCUAGGUCGAAGGGCGGUAAAGUCGGCAGACGUGGCAUUGCAGGAACUGUCCUUGUACAAAAGAUUGCUGGAGCGUUGGCCGCUGCCGNNGGUAUCACCUCUCAAGGACGUACACCGUGUCGCAAAGCUUGCGGCUGACAAUGUCGUCUCCAUUGGAUCUUCACUCUCGCACGUCCACGUUCCUGGUCGCAAGGUCACCGAAGCUGGCGAAGACGAACUCACGUUCGAGGAGGUCGAGAUUGGCAUGGGUAUCCACAACGAAGCAGGAUCCGAGCGAACGAAAGCAGACCUUCCCAGUCUGGUCGAACAGAUGUUGGCCCAUAUGCUAGACGAGGAAGAUAAGGAACGAGGUUUCCUCAAGGUCUCCAGCGAAGAUGAGACAGUGGUCUUGAUCAACAACCUUGGUGGUGUCAGCGUCCUUGAAAUGGGUGGCAUCGCUACUGAAGUGUUGGAUCAGCUCAAGAAAUACUACAACAUCAGGCCUGUCAGAGUGCUCGUUGGCACUUUCAUGACCAGUCUGAACGGCAUUGGUUUCAGCAUCUCUCUGCUCAAGCUUCAGGACACUGGCUUGGACAAGUCGAUGUUGCAGUUGCUUGACGCUCCUUCUGAGGUUACGGGCUGGGCCACGCCUAUCCAGACUGCAACUUGGGAGAACAAAUCAAGCGCUGCAGAUCGAAGAAAGACUGCCAUGGCUGAUGGCCAGCAAGAAACUUCUAGCAACCUUACAAAGGCCAAAAAGGUGCUCAAGUCUGGUUUGGAGCGCGUAAUCGCCGCUGAACCACAUGUCACUCACUACGACACCAUUNGCGAUGGCGACUGCGGCAUAGGUCUCAAGCGUGGUGCAGACUCAGUGCUUCAGCUCAUUACAUCCGAUGUGGAAACAACAGACGCCGCAAUCUUCUUGGGUCGUAUCAUCUCUGUUAUUGAGACGUCAAUGGACGGAACCAGUGGAGCCAUUUACGCCAUCUUCUUGAACGCUUUAGCUGCCGGUCUACGUUCCCAGUCGCCAGAUUCUGGAAAGAAAGAAGUAACAACCGAGGUUUGGGCUAAGGCAGCUAAGCAGGCUCUGGAAGGCCUUGGUAAGUACACACCAGCUAGACCUGGCGACAGGACUCUGGUAGACGCACUUGAGCCCUUCAUCGAGCAGCUGGCGGCGACGAACGACCUGAAGAAGGCAGCUCAGGCAGCCAAGGAAGGAUCCGAUGCAACCAAGGGAAUGAAAGCCAGUCUCGGACGAUCAGUAUACGUUGGCAAUGAGGGCUUCAAGGAGGUCCCCGAUCCUGGUGCCUAUGGUCUCUCGGAGUUCUUGACUGGCCUUGCCGAGGCGUGA